AUGAGAACGAGCAAUGAUCUUAUAGGUCUCGUAAACUUCCUCACUUUCCUCCUCUCGAUCCCCAUCCUCGGAGGUGGAAUAUGGCUGAGCAGCCGAGCUAACUCCACCGACUGCCUCAGGUUCCUCCAGUGGCCGCUCAUAGUCAUCGGAAUCUCCAUCAUGGUGGUUUCACUAGCAGGAAUCGCCGGAGCUUGUUACCGUAACAAGUUCCUCAUGUGGCUUUACCUUUUCGUCAUGUUCUUCGUGAUCGCCGCUCUCAUUGGAUUCAUCAUCUUCGCUUACGCCGUCACUGAUAAAGGCUCAGGCCGGUUUGUGAUGAACCGGAGGUACCUUGAUUAUUAUCUCGGUGAUUACUCCGGUUGGCUCAAGGACCGGGUCACGGAUAAUGGAUACUGGAGCGAAAUCUCGUCGUGUGUGAGGGGUUCUGGAGUUUGUAAGAAGAUUGGUAGACAUUUAAAUGGCGUCCCUGAAACUCCUCAGAUGUUUUACUUCAGAAGGCUUAGUCCUAUUGAGUCCGGAUGUUGCAAGCCGCCAACAGAUUGUGGCUAUACGUACGUGAACGAGACAGUGUGGGUGCCAGGAGGACAAAUGGUUGGACCGAACCCGGACUGUAUGCUGUGGAAUAAUGACCAGAGACUACUCUGUUACCAGUGUAGCUCUUGCAAAGCUGGUGUUCUUGGCAGCUUAAAACAGAGCUGGAGAAAAGUGUCAGUGAUCAACAUUGUGGUUUUGAUCAUACUUGUUAUCUUCUAUGUGAUCGCGUAUGCAGCUUACCGGAAUAUCAAGAGGAUUGACAAUGAUGAACCGGCCGGUCAGGCUAGGAUGACCAAAUCUCAUCCUAGUCAUUUUCAGAUUUGA